UUCCCACCCGCGGCCUCCGUGGGGCUGUGUCACUGAUUACCAGCGCUUCCAUCACAAUCCUCUGGCCUCAAUCUUAGCGGUCAGUAAAACCUAGAGGGCUUGAGCUGCCCAGGGCUGGCGGCGGCCUCACCGCCCGUCUCAGGCCACUCCUGAUCGAGUUACCCUCUGGGCCCGUGCUCCUCCGGUGGUCACACUCACCAGCAGAUACACCUGUCUGGUGUUAAGAGCCAGUAUGCGCUCCUCCGCCUCUGAUGCAGAAUUUGAUGCUGUAGUUGGGUGUUUGGAAGACAUUAUUAUGGAUGACGAGUUCCAGUUACUGCAGAGGAACUUCAUGGACAAGUACUACCAGGAGUUUGAAGACACAGAAGAGAAUAAACUCACCUAUACCCCCAUUUUUAAUGAAUAUAUUUCCCUGGUAGAAAAGUACAUUGAAGAGCAGCUGCUGGAGCGUAUCCCAGGCUUCAACAUGGCGGCUUUCACAACCACACUGCAACACCAUAAGGAUGAAGUGGCUGGUGACAUCUUUGACAUGCUGCUCACAUUCACGGACUUUCUGGCUUUCAAGGAGAUGUUCCUGUACUACAGAGCAGAAAAGGAAGGCCGAGGACUGGACUUAAGCAGUGGCUUGGUCGUGACUUCUCUGUGCAAGUCGUCUACAGCAGCUUCCCAGAACAACCUGCGGCACUAGGUUCCACCUUCAGACGUGGGUGUGACCGCUGUGAGGUCACCAGCCCAGCCAGCUCAGAAAUGGAAAGACCAACUGUGCCACAGCUCUUCAUUCCUAUGAAGUAUUGAGUCCUGGGAAACAUGACUGACCCUCCUGGCCAUUGUCCAGAAACAACUUGUAGUCAGUAACCUCAUGUUCAUCUUCCUGUCCCAAUGCAGGCCCCUCCAGGCCCUUCACCAGCAAUGUGGUAGUGUAGUGUGUCAGCAGUGUGGACAACACACCAUCGUGAGCCCUUCAUCCCAGCAAGCUUUACACGAGUCCUUGUGCACCCACAACUGUUUUUACAUGGGUCAUUCUGUCCUCCUCGUCAUUGGGGUUUUUAUUUGGGAGUGUUUAUCUAGGAGUUACUGGGGCCAGCUGCCUGUCUGGGCUUCUGGAUCUCCUGUGAUCGCAGCUUGAGCGGCUGCAGGAAUCGACUGAGAGAGAUGUCCUCUACCCACAAGUGAAAAGGAGCUCCCUGUUUUACAUUAGCAGUCCUUUCAGCAGCAAAUGCUGCUCUUGCUGUAGUCCCACUGUUUCUCUUAAGUCUCUAAGCAUUAUUUUCAAGAAACAUAUUUUUAUAGAUGAAAACUCAGGCUAACCUAGUGAGUAUGAUCUUGGAAUGCCCAAGAUCAACCACUUAAAAGAUCAGAGUAUUAUAUGCUGUGUGCUUUUUAGUUAUGAGUGCAAAUCUGCUUUCCGAUUAGUGCCCCUCUUGGGCACCAUUGCAAGCAGGUUGUAUGCUAGAAAUAGGCUGCAGCUGUCAGGACAGCAUGCUAGGUGUGCCCAUGCAUGCUUGUCUGCAGUCCCAUCACAACAGUGUACUAGGUGUGCCUGUGCAUGCUUGUCUGCAGUCCUGUCACGACAGCAUGCUAGGUGUGCCCAUGCAUGCUUGUCUGCAGUCCCAUCGCGACAGUGUGUUAAGUGUUUGUGCAUGCUUGUCUGCAGUCCCAUCACGACAGUGUGCUAAGUGUGCUUGCGCAUGCUUGUCUGCAGUCCCAUCAUGACAGUGUACUAGUUGUGCUUGCGCGUGCUUGUCUGCGGUCCCAUCAUGACAGUGUGCUAGUUGUGCUUGCGCGUGCUUGUCUGCGGUCCCAUCAUGACAGUGUGCUAGUUGUGCUUGUGCGUGCUUGUCUGCAGUCCAUUGUGUAUGCCAAUGAGCUGGUUUUCUGUUGGGAGAGUAGGGACUCUGCAAUUUGUUCCCAACAAUCUCUCCUGCCAAGUUGAUGCUCCCCUGAUCCAGCUCAGCCUGGGGGAAGGGGCAGUGCAGUAGACAGUUUUUGUGGUCACCUUUGGUUUACUGUCACCAACCAGAAAACGUGUGUCACAUCUCUAGAAAGAAGAAAGCAGUUUGAUUCCUAAUGUAUGCUUUUGUCUUUAACUUUUAUAGUAAAAAUAAGAAUCCACACUGACUUUCCAUGUGACCAUUUUGACUUUAUAGGAUGUAAACUAUAAGCGCUGUGUUUUUUCUGUAGCAAUGUGUCACUUAGUGCUUUUGUAAAAGGAGUAAAAUUUGAGGUGUUUGGCAAGAGUAA